AUUUAAUGGAAUCUAACUCCUUAGAUUUUAAAAUAAACAUACAGCCCAAGAAAUUAACUGAGCAUGUAGAACCUGAUGUUGAUUUGACAGUCGACAAGUAUGAUGCUGUCUACUAGAACACCUAAUAGGAAGAGGAAGUGGAGACAGCUAAUGUAUAUAUGUUGUUUAUGUUUUCCAUAGAAAGAUUUAUUAAUAUAAGAGUAUGAUAUUACUGAGGCAGCUCAUCCCUAUUAUUGUGUUGCUGCUUUGGCAUUAACUUCAAUUCCAGGAUUGUCAUUUAUCCUGUUGCAAGAUGUUAUUCAUGCUUACCCCUUAGUUAUUUUACUGUAGUUGGCACAAUUUCUAGUGCUGAAGAAUUAUUUGGGCUUGAAACUGAUUGGAUUGCGUUGGUGGAUUGAGAUGGAUAUCAAAGGCGAGUAGAAAUGGAUGUUCUAAACUCAAUCCCAGGAAUAAUCCAAUAAGGUUGAUAGGUAUUUCUUCUGGGCUUGUCUCAUUUAUGGGACACUCUUUUGGUGCAUAAUGUGUCUUGGAGACUUCUUUGGAUUCAAAAUAUUCUGGGUAUGAUUGUAAAUAGAGUAUAGUUACCUUUGCCAAUAGUAUGUUUUGUUUUGUCUUUGACUAAUUUGUAAGGAUUCUACAAAUGCAGAGGGGAGCACCAGAAGAAAUUAUAACAAUUGAAAAGAGAAAUGGCCAAGGGGGGCAUGAAUAUAGUGGGAAUGAUUAUGAAGUGAU